AUGCGACAACCACUAGCGCCCAUUCCCUCGCCCUUUCAGUCUUCCAUUGCGAAGCCAGGGCAGGGCAAAGUCGUCCUCUCCCUCCUCCCACCGAACAAUCCCACCCUCACAACCCUCACCUACAAAUACCCAUUGAAGCUGGUCCCGCGCACCGGCGGCUUCGUUCCGUCCCCAGAUUCUUCCGCCCUCUCAGACACACGUCCCUCCAAUCCUGUCCACCUCUACCUCCUCACCUACGGCGGCGGGCUCCUACCAGGCGACCACAUUGAAGUAUCCAUCACGCUCGAGCCUAAGACGCGAAUGGUGGUAACAACGCCGCAAGGCAGCACCAAGAUCUUCAAAACAACCCCAAACAACAGCGGAACAGCACCAAAUGUAAUCAAAGGCCACCGGGAUCAAAUGCCCGCAAACGACCACCUCUCCGAUAUGAGCCAGCAAACCCUAGACGUCAACAUUGGCCGCCAAGCAGCUCUCUGCUACCUCCCAGACCCCUCCGUCCCCUUCCAACACAGCCGCUACGCCCAAGUCCAAACCUUCACCGUAGACGCCACCGCAAAAGGCACCGAGCGCAGCAGCCUCUGCGUGUUAGACUGGGUAACGCAAGGCCGCACCUCACGCGGCGAGGACUGGAACUUCCAGUUCUGGCGCGGACGCAACGAAGUCUGGGCCGAAGACGACAAAGGCAAACGCCGACUCCUCCUCCGCGACUCGGUAAUCCUCGACGAUGAAUCCGGAGACCUGGAAGACGACGACGAAAACGAAAACACAAGCUACAGCACCACCCAUACCGGUCUAGAAAAUCCCGUCGACCUGCCGCCGCAGGCGCCGGCUGGCCUAACCCCGCUGAAUAUCAUCGCGGAGCGCACGCGCCCGCAUGGCGUCGUCGGCACACUUAUCCUCUCCGGCCCUGUGUUCGAGGCGCUUGGUUCGUUCAUGCUGAAUCAGUUCCAGUCGCAGCCUCGCAUCGGCAGCCGUAAUUGGUCGGACCAUGCGCCGUCAUCGGUGCCUGAGCCUUCGAUUAGCCAUAAGGGUGAUGUUACGUGGACGGCUGCGCGGGUGCGCGCUGGCUUCGUGCUUGUCAAGUUCGGUGCUAAGGACUUUGAGACUGCGAAGCACUGGCUUGGUGGACUGAUUCGGGAAGAGGGUAGCGUUAUCCGCGGGUUCGGUGAAGAGGCGCUCUGCUGUCUAUGA